AUGGCGGACGCACAGAGCAACCGGCCACAUCGGCCCAAGAAAGAGAAGAAACCGCAUACUGGAGACAAGAACCCCAAGGCUUUCGCAUUCUCCGCGCCGGGUAAAUUGAAGAGGCAGGCUGCGCGCUCUACAGAAGUCAAAGAAAAGCGCCUUCAUGUACCGCUCGUUGACCGUCUCCCUGAAGAAGCUCCCCCAAUUAUCGUCGGCGUCGUCGGUCCUCCGGGUGUCGGGAAAACAACCCUCAUCAAGAGUUUAAUCAGGCGAUACACCAAGCAGACCCUCUCCACCCCGACCGGUCCCCUCACAGUCGUCACCUCGAAGCGCAGACGUCUUACGUUCUUAGAAUGUCCCGCCGACUCGCUCGCCAGCAUGAUCGAUAUCGCGAAAGUGGUGGAUAUAGUGCUGUUGAUGAUUGACGGCAACUACGGCUUCGAGAUGGAGACUAUGGAGUUCUUGAACGUCUUGAGCGCAAGUGGUAUGCCAGGAAAUGUCUUCGGAAUUCUGACACAUCUGGAUCUGUUCAGGAAACAAGAGACGCUUAAGCUGCAAAAGAAGAGACUCAAGCAUAGAUUCUGGAGCGAGCUGUACCAGGGCGCAAAACUCUUCUACCUCAGUGGUGUGGUAAAUGGACGGUACCCAGACAGAGAGAUUAUGAACCUUUCGAGGUUUUUGAGCGUCAUGAAGAAUCCGAGGCCGUUGGUAUGGAGGAAUUCUCAUCCGUAUUGUUUGGCGGAUCGAUUCCUAGACAUUACGCCUCCGACCGAUAUCGAGCAGAACCCGAAGUGCGAUCGCACGGUAGCGUUGUACGGAUAUCUACGUGGCACAAACUUCCCCGCUGGAGGAUCGAGAGUACAUAUACCCGGUGUUGGAGAUCUCACAGUCACCUCCACGGAAGCGCUACCCGACCCAUGCCCGACACCUUUUGCGGAGAAAGCCGUCGAGAAGGCUUCCGGAAAGAAGAAGCGCACAAGACUGGGCGACAAGCAGAAGAUUCUGUAUGCGCCAAUGUCGGAUGUCGGCGGUGUGCUAGUCGAUAAAGACGCUGUCUACAUCGACGUCAAGACUGCUACAUUCGAUCCUGAGGCUGAUUAUUCAGAGAAGGGACUGGGCGAGCAAAUGAUGAUCGGACUACAGGGUGGGCGGAAGCUGCUCGGUGAAGGCGAUGGAAACUUCAGGCUUUUCAAGGAUGGCGACGUUGUGGAUAAGAAGGCUCUCGAGGAUGAUACUGCGGAUACGGGUCGACGGUCUCAGCGGACAGCUAGGGCAGCAGACGCUGAAGAGGUUGACGAUGAGGAUCUCGAGGGAAUCGACAGCGAUGACGAGGAAUUGCAGCAGGACCACAGCGAUGCGGACGAUGACGAAGACGACACUGGAUUCCUCGACAUCAACGGACCACCGAACGGCAAGCUGAAAGUCUCACGCAAAGAGAAGGAGGCGGAUGCUGCUGAGGAUGUAGCUUUCGCAGAUAGUGAUUCUGAUCUAGGUUCGAUAUCCGGCGACGAACCUGAUCUGGAAGACCUCGAAGAAGGUGACCUCGAUUCGCAAGACUCCGAUGAAGACGAAGCUGAAGAUGGCGCACGGUGGAAGGCUAACCUCCGAGAGAAUGCUGCAAAACUACAUGGACGAAAACGACCAUACCGUGUCACAGACCUGGCAAAGAUGAUGUAUAACAUGGAUCUUGCACCGGAAGAGGUUAUCAAGAAGUGGAGAGGCGACGAAGACGAGGAAGACAUCGAAGAAGAGGGUGACGAAGAUGAUGGCUUCUUCAACAAGAGAACCGCUGACGAUGCUGCCAACGCCGAAGACCGAUACAUCCCCAAGUUUAACUACCAAGAACUGGAAGAAAAGUGGGAGGACGAGGAAAACGUCGAGGCUCUCUUGGGUCGCUUUGCUACCGGUCAUAUGAACGACAAGGGCGGUGACGAUGACGAAGAGAACGAUGAUUUUGAGGGCUUCGACGAAGACGAUGAGGGUGACGGCGAGUUUGAGGACUUGGAGACUGGCGAAAAGCACGGUGGCGAGACUGAGAAAACCGGUGCCGAGGCUGAAGCGAAUUCAAUCGAAGCAGAGCGCGAAAAGAACGCCCGACGAAAAGAAGAAUUGAAGCUUCGGUUUGAGGAAGAAGACCGCGAAGGCUUCCUGAACGACAAAUCUGAUGCACGGAAAGAAGGUGACAAAGAGGAAGAGUUUGGUGAAGACGAUUGGUACGAUGCACAGAAAGCGAUGAUUCAGAAACAGCUCGACAUCAACCGCGCCGAGUUUGACCAACUGGAUGAACUAUCCCGUGUUCGUGUUGAAGGCCACAAGGCGGGUACAUACGCACGUAUCGUACUCGAAAACGUACCUUACGAGUUCUCUGCGCACUUCAACCCACGAUUCCCUGUUCUCAUUGGUGGCCUGACGCCAACUGAAGAGCGCUUUGGUUUCGUCCAGAUCCGCAUUAAACGCCACAGGUGGCAUAAGAAGAUCCUCAAGACGAACGAUCCCCUCAUCUUCUCUUUGGGUUGGCGGCGCUUCCAAACCACCCCCAUCUACAGCAUUUCCGAUUCGCGGACGAGGAAUCGCAUGUUGAAGUAUACACCCGAACACAUGCAUUGUUUCGGUACAUUCUACGGUCCAUUAGUCGCCCCGAACACUGGAUUCGUUUGCAUUCAGUCUCUUUCGAACAAGACACCUGGUUUUAGGAUUGCAGCAACGGGUGUCGUGCUCAACGUGGACGAGUCCACCGAGAUAGUCAAGAAGCUCAAGCUCACCGGCCAUCCCUACAAGAUCUUCAAGAACACCGCUUUUAUCAAAGACAUGUUCAAGUCGAGCCUCGAAAUCGCAAAGUUUGAAGGCGCCAGCAUACGCACAGUCUCUGGUGUCCGUGGACAAAUCAAGCGCGCACUAAGCAAACCAGAAGGAAACUUCCGUGCCACCUUUGAAGACAAGAUCCUCAUGAGCGACAUCGUCUUCCUACGAGCUUGGUACCCCAUCAAGCCCCGCCGCUUCUACAACGCCGUCACCAACCUGCUCAACCCCGCCACUCCCGAUCAAGAAGGCGAAAGCACCUCGUGGCAAGGCAUGCGUCUAACAGGUCUGGUUCGCUACGAAAACGGCAUCGCCACGCCCUCGGAGAAAAACUCAGCCUACCGCCCCGUUGUCCGUGAAACACGCGUCUUCAACCCGCUCCGUGUGCCCCGCAAACUCGCCGCAGACCUCCCUUUCAAGUCUCAAAUCGCCACAACGAAGCCCCAGAAGAAGCAAACGUACAUGCAGAAACGCGCUGUUGUCCUCGGUGGCGAGGAGAAGAAGGCCCGUAGACUCAUGGACCAGGUCAUCGCUAUUCGUAAUGACAAGGUGGAGAAGAGGCGUAAGAAGCAGGAGGAGAGAAAGGAUCCGUAUAAGAAGAAGGUGGCUGAGAACGCGGAGAAGAGGGCGGAGCGAGAGAAGCGAGAGAAGCAGGAAUACUGGGCGAGGGAGGGCAAGAAGAGGAGUCAUCAGGGUGAGGAUGGCGGUGGUGGAGGGAAGAGGAGGAAGUAG